AUGGGUGCAAUAGCUACACAUUUAAUCUUACCUUACAUUCAUGACAACAUAAAUUGGGGCAUUGGUUUUGGGAUUCCAUGUCUGCCCAUGAUAGUCGGGCUUAUCCUGUUUUUACUGGGAAACAAAACGUAUCGAUUUCCUGCCACAAUAGGUGAUAAAGAGGUAGAAAUCCAUUGUGGGCAGAAUGACAAGGGAUUCAAGAAAAGCAUCAGUGCUUUGUACAUUGUAGCUCCCUCAUCAAGCAGCGAAGAAAGCUCUCUGGAUGACGAGUUUCUCAAGGAUGAUUCGCCUUCUGCAGGUGAUGAUUUGACAAACAUUAAUGAAACCUCUAGUAAGAUUAAAGAAGUAAAAGAAGUUUUAAGGCUGUUUCCAAUAUGGGUAACUUGUUUAACAUAUACAAUUGGACAUGCUCAAUCCAGCACAUUAUUUAUCAAGCAAGCAACAACACUUGACAGAUCAAUAGAGCAAAGUUACAGUAUACCAGCUGCAACACUUUGGAUUAUCAUCUCCCUUUCUAUAGUGUUCUGUAGCAUAAUUUAUGAUCGAAUUUUCGUCCCAAUUGCGAGAAGGAUAACAAGAUAUCCCUUCGGGAUAAAAAUGCUUCAGAGAAUAGGAAUUGGCAUGGCAAUAUCUAUCCUGAACAUGGUCAUUGCUGCUGUGAUUGAGAAGAAAAGACUCAAAACUACUCGAGAUUUUGGUCUCCUCGACAUUCCUAAUGCAAUAGUUCCCAUAAGCUUUUGGUGGUUGGCGCCUCAAUAUUUAUUAUCUGGGCUAGCUAAUGUGUUGAUUAAAGUAGGAAUGCAGGAAUUCUUCUAUGAUCAGGUGCCUACAGAAUUAAGAUGUUCAGGCCUCUCUUUUUCCUAUGGGGCCAUAGGCAUAGGCGAUUUCCUGAGCAGCUUUCUGGUCUCUCUGAUUGACAAAAUUACAAGCCAAGGGGGUAGAGAAAGUUGGUUCUCAGAUAACUUAAAUCAAGCACAUGUUGAUUACUUCUAUUGGCUGCUUGCUAGAAUAGGUGUUGUGGGUUUAAUUCCAUUUGUUUGUUUAGCAAAAUCUUACAUUUAUAGGGAACCAAAUAAUAUCAAAAACGAUUCUGAUGUAUAG